AUGUUCAAUAAUCUCAAAGGUCUUGUCAAGAAGGAAGGAACAAACAAGAGCUGUCGAUCAGAUUGUGGAAGCACUGAUGGUCGAGUUUCUUAUUCACGGUUCCUAGGCGAGUCAGAGAGAACUGAUGCUGAUAUUGCUUUUGAAAGACGAACAUCAUCCGUACAAUUACAACCAACUUCAUCAGUUACAAGUAAUCAUGGGCGCAUUAAUGACAUCACUGAGAGCAACAGUGAUAGUAAUGUCUUUCAAAACAAAUCACCAACAUCAAAAGAAACAGAUAAUGUUAAAUUGUUAAAGUGUACUAAUCCAUUCGGUGAACUGGAUGAUUCUGAUUGUGGUUCUGUUAUGUCGUCAACUUUUCGGUUAUCUACAGAAACAUCUGAUAUUCAAUCACGUUGUCAACGUGUUUAUCAAAUGGCACGUAAUUACAAAAUUAAAUAUCAACAGCUUGUAGAGGCAUAUAAAGUUAUGGAAUCAGAAAGAAAUAAUCUACAACAGUUAUUAGCAUCACAUCAAACAAAAACAUCCAAAUCUGUAGAUGAGAUGUACAAGAAGCUUGAACUAGAUAAACAAACCAAAGAUGAAUUGGAACGAGAUUUCCGUCAGCUUUUGCUUGAAAAAGAAGAAAUCAUAAAAUCAUUACGAUUGCAGUGUGAUCAACAGAAUAUCAAUAAAUUACGAUCUGAAUUAGCUGAUAGUAAACUAUCCCAAGCAGCAUUACAAGAACAAGUUCAAUGUUUAAAAGCACAAUUUUACAAUAAUUCAAAUACCGAAGAAACUGGUAUACAAAAUGAAUUUUCUAAUAAACUAUCAGUUAAUACAGAGUCAAAUUAUAUUCAUCAUUCCAAUGAAAUAAUCAACAAUAAUAAUGAACAAUCUAAUGAAAUCAAAUCAUUAUCUUGUCAACUAGAAGAAUUAAAUAAAAAAUUAGCUGAUUCUGAAGAUAUCAGAACACGUUUAGACAAAGAAGUUAAUGAAUUAAAAUCAACGUUAGCUUCAACUAAAUCAGAAAUCAAUACAACAAUAAUAUCUGAUAAUCAAUUAAACAAUGAAUCAAUAAAUUCAGAAUUAAUCAAUUUAAAAUCAUUAAAUUCUGAAUUAACUAUUCAAUUAAAUGACUAUCAACUUAAAAUUGAACACCUUGAAUCAAUUCAAAUAGAACAAUUAAAACAAAUUAAUCUUAUGAAAUCUGAAUUAAAUUUAUCUAAAACUAUCAAAGAAGAAAAUGAUCAUUUUAAAAUUUACUAUGAUAGUUUAUUAAAUCAAAUUAAACAAUUAAAAUUAAAUAUAUUUAAUUUAAAUAAUGAAAAAUUAAUUGAAUUAUAUCCUAUUGAUGUAAAUGAUUCAAUCAAUUUUAAUGAUUUAGAAAAUUUCAAAUUAUUCAUAGAAUUAUUAUUACAUGAUACAUUUAAAACUAUUGAUGAAUUAAAACUAAUCCAUAAUAAUGAAAUCAAUAAUUUAUUAAAUCAAUUCAAUGAAUUACAAUCUAAAUGUAAUGAUAAACAAUCGAUUAUCGAUUGUUUACAAUCACAAUUAGUGAUAUCUCAAUCAAAUGAACAAAACAAUUAUUAUUAA